AAAGUGUUUGUGUGCGCAUUUGCGUGGAGCGAGCAACGAACGACGACAGCCAAGCGAUACGCGCUCUUUGCUGCUGCUGCUGCUGCUUCUCACACAAGCAAACGUCCAUUCAUACAAGCCCCACACACGUACACGCACACACACACACGCACCGCAUACAAACACACCGAACAUGGCUGCCCAAGGCCCCCUGAUCACAAGCGCUGGGCGCAACCACGUCAUCUUGUCAAAGCAGCUCUGCAUCAUCAUUGCUGUGACGGUGCUCUGCGCUGGCUUCCUCUUCUUCCGCUUCGAGCAGUCCGCUGUGGAGCGCUCCCGCCUCAACCAACAACACGUCUCCGAACACAACCAGCAGCUCAAGGGCCAGAACGAUGCCCUGAUGAAGGCCAAGGAACAGCUGGAGAAGGACGAGGACGAGUUGACAAAGAUGUACGAGAAGUGGAUUGCGGACGACAACGAGGAUCUGAAGAUCACCAAGGAGCAGAUUCAAGAGAUUCAGCGGAAGCUUGACCAGGUGCAGGCGUCGCAGGAAGUGCACGAGAACACACUUGCAGAGAAGGAGCUCAUCCUUGCCGGCAAAGAGGACGUGCUGGCGGACCUGCAUGCGCAGCUGAAGGAGAAGAACUCGCUGAUCAAGGAGAUGAAGCGACGCAUCACGCGUCUUGGCGGGAAACUGCCGGAGAAGAUGAAGGAGAUGCCCGAUGACGACGACUGGGCGUGGUGAUCAUCCCUCAUCAUCAUCAUCAUCAUCAUCAUCAUCAUCAUCAUCAUCAUCAUCACCAUCAUCAUCAUCAUCAUCCUUGUUCAUCACCAUCAGCACCAACACCAUGGUGGUCGUGUGACAUGACCACGAUGGUGAUUGUCAUCGUCGCGGUGUCAUCAAGGGCAUUGCCUGUCUGGAUGUGUCUGUCUGUGUCUGUGUCUGUGUGUGUUUGAGUCCAAGUUUAGACUGCAUUGCUGCGUCUCUUUCUCGUGGCAUCGUGGAGAUGCUUCAUACGUAGCCGUGUGUGUGUGUGUGUUGUGUGCGGUUGUGUACAAGAAGCAGAGAGAUAAGAGUGUUAACGCGUUUGUGUUGCUGCACACACGGCGAUGCUUGGCCUUCAGUUCCAUUUCCCCCUUACGCCCUCUCGCUGUUGUGUUUGCGUUUGUGUUGAGUAGUGUCUUGUUGUUGUGUCUGUGCCUCCAC